AUUCUAACAGAAGAAGAAGAGAACAGCUGUUUGCUAGCAGGUUGAGUUAUAUUUACUCCGAGUCCGUCAGACGGUGGAAAGUUAUUAAAGACUGUUUAGUUUCGAUCAUCUGCAUCAUUUCAACAUCAUUAAACUCUGAUGGUGUGGAGUCGGUUUGUCCCGUUUCUCUUCCGGCUGAGUGGUGAGUGUUAUUGAAAUAAACGAGGACAAAGCUGUCCGUGAUGCUAACUGACUAACUGACUGACUGACAGCAGCUCACAGUUGGCCUAUUUGGCAGGUUAACGUUAGCUAACAUUAUCCUUUAAUACCGUCACAGUUAAACAGAUCAAAUUAGCUGGACUUUUCCUCCUGUACUUAACCUUCAGCUCGACAGCAGUCGUGUUAGUUUUCUCACGCUAACUCUCAGGAUACUGACUCCAGGGGCGGAGUCACACUUUCUGACCAGGGGGGCCCUAACGUGGUGUUGGGGAAAAUGUUGGUGAAAAGUCCAGAUUUUAGUCUCAAGCCCACUAGAUUUCUGACUCAGCUGGGACUUGUACUGUGAUUUCUGUGUGACUGAAGGUGGAGAUCUGUUUGUGUUUGUUGUCUCUGUCAGGGUGUGACAAUAUUUGUCAUCCUGGUUAUUUUUAAGAGUUUUUAUAGCACAUGCAAGCAAGAGCAGAGCAGUAUGAGCUUCAUGAGUCAAAGAACGAUGAAGGUGAAGACGGGGACGAGUCCAAGCUAAAACACAAAUCUGUCCAACAUACCUCUGGAGGAGACACUCGAUGUGUUAACAUGUAACCCCCAAUUUCCACCGCAUCCGAAACGUCUACGAAAAAGAUGUCUCCUCCGAUCGUAGCUGAUCGUAACCAUUCAAGUUAACGUGUCAAUUUCCACCGACUUCUUUCCGUUCCUCUGCAGAUCGCCGGACUCCUCAGCUGAUCGCAAGAGUUAAAUUUUUUCUGGACGCCGGAGCAUGGCGGAUAAAUUCAGCACAUAUUAACCCGUGCUGGAAAGGAAGUCGGGCACAGACACAAAAUAAAACUUCCGGCUUCUUUUCAAAAUAAAACACUCCGUGUUUCAGGAGGAUCGUAUUUCACACCAUGCAAACAGGCGGAGACAAACAAGUGAAAGGUUUUUAGACGUCAUUUCACCCCGAUGACACCAUGGAUGAGGAGAUGCUGAUUCUAGAAGUCUAGAAGUAGAUUUCCUCCUCUGGAAGGACACAAUCUACUGCUUUUAUGGUUAGCCUCUGUGGUUAAAGACAGCUUGUUAUGGUGCUAUUGACACACAUUAAUGUAGGAAUUAUAAAAAUAUGUUCCUUUAUUUUUCAGGGAUGCUUCUUCUCUAAUAUAUUCAGUGAUGCCCUUCAUGGCCGUCUCACAGAUUACUUCAUAUAUUUUGAUCUUAAACAGCGUCUUCACUCUGAUACAGCAGCUUUCUGCAGGUUUGACAAACACGUCUAAUCAUUGACCCAGUUAUCAGUGUAUCAGCAGCAGCUCCUUCUGAUCGGAGCUCUAAUGUUGGAUAACCUCUGUAACAAGGAGUCUUCUGAUUGGUCUGAUUAUAAAACCGCUAACAUUAAACAGAGGAGUGAGUGAACUCUGCCCUGAUGUUGGACGUGACUCCACAGCUCACAGACAGAAACUAGACCAGGAGGCUGUUAUAUAUUUGACCCUGUCGGUAUGACUGAGUCACUUAUUUGGUCUAUUAAUAGAGCGUGUGUCCAUUCUUGGGUUUCUGCUGUACGUCUGACGAGGAGAGGAGAGGAGAGGAGAGGAGAGGGGACGACAGGCACUUGGUUGGAAUAGUUGAGGGUUGAGUUCUGCAGCUAUUUUUGGAUCUCAGGUGAUUGGAGCUGAUAAAGAUGAGCAGAGCGCACAUGUUCAGUGUUUAAAAAACUUCAGAUAUAUCAACAUGAUGGUUUCGUCCAACAAACUCCACUCUUGAACCCUCCCAACUUUUACCCCAGAGGAAUCUGUUGGUCAUCAUGUGAGGCUGAUUGAUAAACUCCAACGUCUUAAUCAAUCAGACAAAAGGUUUUAUUCUCGUUCUCAAUGAAGCUGCUGAUAUUUCUGACAUUUCUCCUCUGCAAGAUCUAGGGCUGCACGAUUAAUCGAUUUUAAAUCAUAAUCAGAUUAUUUGAUUAUGAUUAGGGCCCGACCAAUAUGGAUUUUUUGGGACCGAUACCGAUUAUUAGGUGGGGAAAAAAACAAUUAAAGAUUAAUCGGUCUAUUUAAAAAAAAAUUUUAAUGAAGUUAUAAAAAAUAUAAAAUAAUAAAAUUAGAUUUAUUGUAGAUAUAUUAAACUAUAUACUGUAGAUAUACUGUAGGCUACUGCUCUUAAUGUCGACAGGAAGACCGACUGAUCAAACUCCGACCAGAAAAGCGUUUUCAACUUAUUAUGACGAUGUUAAAAAAUUAAAAUACUUAAAUCGAUUUUCCUCUCUAUCAUGUCUCGCACCUCCAGGCCACCGUAGGCUCCCCAGUUCCCACACACACCAGUGUAAACAAACAUGGCGUUUACAAACAAAGGCGAUAAUUUCGUGGUUAAAUAGGACAAGAGCGAGUCAGUCGUGUUGAAUUGGUACGACUUCACAGUUUCAGAUGAAGAGUAAACCACUCCCCUAACAAGAACUCAUUAUGUCUGUUAUGAAAAAGGUCUUAACUCUGUCAGUUUAGUCAUCUUUGUUUUGAACGACUUCUCACGCUGAAAAAGAACCAAAAACAACAACGACAACACGGUUUCCAAGCCUCUUUUUAUGAGAAGAAAUCAAGUUGGAUUAAACCUGAAGCCUUGUGUUUAUUAAAAAAAAAACUGUUUUUUUAUGGUCACUAAAAGUUUACAAAAACAUGACCUCAAAUGCUCUGUGUUUUAAACCAAAGGAGACAUCAGCAGAAAGGUCUGUUUCUUCAGUUAGAAGACAGUCAAACUCCUCCCCUUAAUGAUGUUACAAUCUGCUCAUGUUCAGAUAAGAUAAGAAGAAGGAAAAAUCAAUACAGUAACCCUUUUAAAGAACAUGUUCCUAACCUCUAAGUUUACUUUAAUCAUUUUAAUGAUUUCUCUCAGCUAAAACAGCCGUUUGGUUUCUCCAGAACUCUGUAAAGUAGGACUUUAGAUUAAACGUGUUUCUUCUGGAUCAGGACUAAAGCUCAGCUCAAACAUGGUGGGAAUGAAACUACGGACCCCCAAACAGGUGAGGGUCAUUUAGAGGAAAGAAAGAACUGUGUUGGUCUUUCUUUUUUUUAGUUUAAGUUUAAACUAAACACGUAAUAGUGUCUCUAAACGAAGCACUGAGUCCUGGAUUCCUCCUGAGUGUGUAGGUCAGGUGUUAGCAUCCUCUUUCGUCUGUGUGAGCGCUCCACACGCUCAGCCCUUAAACACGAAUUCCUCUGAUGCUGGUGUUCAGAUGGUCAUAGUAAAAUUUCAGAAACAAGCCGUCAAUGGGAUUAAAACGGAUCAGCAGGUUUUCUUGAACUCUGCAGUAGCAGUGGAAACUUCGGGUCUGUGGGUCAGGGCUUAUCCCGGGAAAUUUCAAGAAUGUUAACACCAGCUAAUCAAUCGUUCAUAACAGCCCCGCUCUGCAGCUUCCUCACUCUUAGCAGCACUCUGGAGAAGGGCGGACAUUUUACAAGAAAUCAUCCAUAAAUAUAUUAUCUAAAACGGAUCCACUAUAAAUAAAAUAACGGAAGAUCUAAGUGUGCAAACUGGUUUUAUAAACAUUAUCUUUGCGGACCGUCUUUAGAGGACAGAUCCGAGCUGAUAUGUUAUGUCAGAGUUAUUUUUAUGAUGAGCAGUUAAGAGGCACAGCUGGGUUUACAUGUGGGGUGUGAGAGGACGUCAGAGUUCAUUUCAACUAGGGCUGCACGGUAAAUCGAUUUUUAAAUCGUGAUCGGAUCAUCUGAUUACAACGAUGUUAAAAACAUUAAAAGCCUCAAAUCGUGUAUCAUGUCUCGCGCCCCCAGGCCACCGUAGGCUCCUCCAGUUCCCUCACACACCAGUGUAAACAAACAUGGCGUUUGCAGAAGAAGGCGAUCAUUUCGUGAUUAAGAGUAAACCACUCCCCGCUGUAAAGUCUGUCUGAAGGCGGUAUCAACCCGUCACCACGGAAACAAAUUCAGGAGGAAACGCUUAAGUUUUUUGUCGUAUCGGCGUUUCAUCCACACAGAAACGGCGUUUCAGGUGACUGUAAACGGUACUUUUUGAAAACGGGUCAGAGAGUGAAUAAAUCUGUAAACGACGACCAUUUCAUCUCCGUGUGGAUGUCUAUCUGCAUCUCUGGAAACGAUCAUGUGACACACAGAGUAACUCUUUUAUGGCGCCAAAACAACCUUUAUACACAUGCUCUGUACUCUUCUUCAGCGUUACAGUGCCACUUACUGGCUUAUGGCAUAUGAACUACAUCGUUUUCAGUGGUUUGGUUUUGAGAGAUGAUAGAAAAACUUUUUAUUAAAGUGAAGUUUGGUGAAGCUGUCACUGAAUAGAGAAAAAAAUCUGUAUAUUAUUUUUUGCCCUUAUUUCAACAGAGGAGAAAAUGUCCAAUAUUUUCACUUUAAAAGUCUGUACCUUGCAAUCAGCUGACUGUGGCACAAACACAGUCAUACUUUCUACCAGUUUUACUUGAUUUCUUUCUCUCGACUCUCUCUGGCUCAGCACACACAGAUUGUAGACACAGACCAUAUUGUUCUCCGUUAGAUAAACUCCUUCUUCUGCUCUCUCUGUUUUGUUCUGAUCAGGUGUUAUCUCCUAAAACAAACUCACAAAGGUUUUAUUUGUUUUAGAAAGUUUUUUGAACCUCUGUGAUAAACUCUUCUGUCAGGUAUUUCUUCAUCAGUAUUUCAAACACUUAAAACACCCCGCCAAAAUAAAAGACACGACUAAAACGUCUGACUGAUCAUCACUGAAAUCACGUCUCUUCAGCUGUUUUAAUUUACUCCGUCAGCCUGAAUUCACAGCUUUCAUCGGGGAGGUGUCCUUCACCGUGUGGAGAAGCUGCAGUGAAUCCUCCUCAACCUGAAAAUCACCUCCACUCUCUGCUCACUUCAAUUUAUGUGUUCCUCCUCUCAAGGCUAACCCCUGAAUAAGGAAGCGAUGAACUUCCAGGGCAGUCGGAGGCGAGGCGAGGAUGGCAUCGCCAUGGUGAUUGACUUCUUGCUGUCUAAUGCCCGGCUGGUUCUGGGAGUCGGUGGAGCCGCCAUGCUUGGGAUUGCUACACUGGCAGUAAAGCGGGUAAGUGUUUUGGAGGUUGUUAGUUUCAUAUCAGUGCGUUUCUUAUUGACACUUCUCUCUCUCUAACUCUGGGAAUUUCCUUCAUUUGGAGAAAGUGAGACGUUGAAACCUUAAAGUCUCCAAGAAUUAGGACUCUGGACUCUGAAAACUUUGUGUUCACUGAGUUUUUCUGUCCACUUCCAGACUGACAGUUCACCCUGAGUCCGUUUUAUUUACUCCUCACCGGGACAGAAAGUUCUCAUCAAACAAAUGCUCAAAGUUUAGACUCUUAUUAUGUUGAAGCUAGGGCUGGGUGAUAAACCGAAAAUUUACAGAGACAGAAAUUUACGACAAUAACUGAUGUCAUUUUUUCCAUAUCGAUAUAUUCAGUGUCAAAAAAAUAAAAACUAAAGUUGUUUUUGGAUGUGUGUAGGUAGGCUAUGGUCUCAUGUCCCUUUUAAGACGCUGUCCUACAUCAGAGACGUGACUCCACCCCAUCCAGUUCGUAACAACAGUCCUGAAAAGUGGCAAAAUAAUUGCAAUAAAGGUGCAUACUAUCAACAUAACUGCCACAGCCCCAUCUACUGCCUGCACCUUUUUGUAUAGGUGGCGCAGUGGAGUAGUUAUCGUCCAUUUAUUGUUAUCGAGGUGAACUGCAGAACACAUCGUGAUAUUGAUUUGAGGCCAUAUCGCCCAGCCCUAUCUGAAGCUCUGAAAUCUGAUUAUUAAAAGGAUGGAAAAUAAAAGCAGCAGUGAUAACCAGAUGAUUUUAAAGGUCAUAAAUUUUAGGCAUUUAUCGACAAGUCAAAUAUUCAGCAGUGAUUCAAAGCUUGAUGAAUACAACUUUGUUGAACUUGAAGCCUCUUUCAUGUUGCGUCAAGUAGGGCUGGGAGAUAAACUGAAAAUUUAUCGAUACUGAAAUUUGUGACAAUAACCAACGUCAUUUUGCCCAUAAUGCUAUAUUUGGUGUCAAAAAUAAAUAAAUAAAUAAAUGAAAGUUGAAGCUGAAGUAGACGAAGUUAAUGUGGGAGGGGGUGAGCAGCUUAUGGAGUAGUUAUCAUCCAUUUAUCAUAUCAAGGUGAACUGAUCAAUAUAUCGUGAUAUUGAUUUGAGGCCAUAUCGCCCAGCCCUAGAUGAAGCAGUGAUUCAAAGCCUGAUGAAUACAACUUUGUUAAACUUGAAGCCUCUUUAAUGUUGCUCUGAGUAGGGCUGGGCGAAAAACCAAAAAUUUACCGAUACCAAAAUUUAUGACAAUAACCGACAUCAUUUUGCCCAUAUCUGUACAAUUGGUGUCAAAAAAAUAAAUAAUAAAAGUUGAAGCAGAAGUAGAGGAAGUUAAUGUGGGAGGGGGUGAGCAGCUUGAGGAGUAGUUAUUGUCCAUUUAUUGUUAUUGUGAUAUUGAUUUGAGGUCUUAUCGCCCAGCCCUAUCUUCGAGGUGGUGUCCUCCAUGUUCAGCGUAUCAUCAGUCCUUCUGUUCGCUGUUUCCCCUGGUGUGUUUUUAGCUGAUCGAGCGCGCUGGCCGUGCUGCAGACGACGAGAAGGUGGAGCAGAAGAUGGCGGAGAGCUGGGAGGAGCUGGGUCUGGUGUCUGCGUCUCCCACACUGAUCAAAAAGGGCAUAAAGGGCGUGGUGAUGAAACAUGUCGCCAAGGCAACCAAACAGCAGAAAGGUAACCUCCACUCCACGACCACAGACUGAAAAUCAAGACAGCAGCCCUCUGAUGUGACCUUUUUUAACCUCUUUCUGAAUCAGCUGACCUGUGCCAACAACCUCAGGCGUCCCCACUGGAGGUCGAGUCCAAACCCGAGUCCAAGUCAAAGAGGAUCCAGCUGUGUGUCCUCAGCCUGCAGGUACACGCUCACCCACGUUUCACCUCUGAGCUCUUCAAAGCUCUGAUGAUAAAUUCAGCGUCAGCAGCUGCAGAAUCCGCCCCGCUCAGCGUUUGCUCAUUCAUUUAUGCAUGUGCGACAUGUUUUUGAAAUUACUGCGCUUUAGGGACCCUUAUUGUUAUGCAGUGGUUAGGCCGCGCAGAAUCCCCUGAGCCCUACAUAAUGGAAAUCCUGAGGGCCUCGUUCACUCCCUCUGUAGAUAAAAUCAGACAUGCAUGGAGCAGCUCUGAGUUUGGAGCAGAAAUGUUGAAGAUGUUGUUGAAGAGGAGCAUGAAGUAAUCUGUCCUGUAAGUGUUUGUUCAGCGAGUCGGGGUUUAAAACAAAGGGGUUAACGUUUAAAGAGAAAUUAUGCAAAUAGUUUUUUUAAUCGAGAGCUGAGAACCUCAAUCCCUGGAAAGCUUCUUGUGUAAAGAGUUUUGUAGGAAGAACUUUAAAGCAGAAUAACCAUAACCCGAACUUUUCUGGGCCGAACUUUCAAACUGAAACAACUUUUGAAAAACAACGACAGGAAGGUCUCCGAAAAAUCAGGAGUCUAUGUCUCUGGGUCAGACUGUUCGGGAAACUUUCAGCUCAGACUGGGCAAUUAUAUGAUGGUGAUAAAUUUCAGUUCGAUCACGGUGAUCAGCUGUGAGCAUAGUUUCAGCUCAGAGUUUUGUUGGCGGUACUUUAAACUCUCUGCACUCGUCUUUGAGCGUCUGUUCACCUCUCUUCCUGCUUUAAAACAGUUUUGUUCUUCUGUUGUUUAUCAGUCCGAGCAGUAAAGCCUAAUCCUGUCAACACUCUUCAGUCCGCUCUGAGGCACUUAAUGAAUUUGAAUUUUUAUUUCUCAAGAGGCGGCUGCUCUGGAUUCCCAACAGGAGGCCUUAAAACUGUUCCUGAAAGAGUUGAAGACACUUUCUGCACACAGUACAUCUGCUCAGAGUUAAUGCAGCAGCUCUCCUCAUCCCUCCAUCGUUCACCCACGCUGUGUGUUUGUGUCAUGUCUGUGUUCAGGACCGGCUGCAGCAGUACUAUCACACCAGGGCGGCGCUCGCUCCACAGGAGGUCCAGAGGGCUCAGUCUUUGGCUCUGGACAUCUGCACAGAGAUCCAGGGCUUCCUGCACAGCCGACACCCCGACAUGCCUCUUGGAGAGAUGAGCCUCGGGGGUUCUUUACUGGACGACCUGCAGGUACUCAUGCAGAACAUCUGUUUGUCUCUGCAGAUAAAAACACAACCUCUCUGCUCCUCCCUGAUAUCGACUCGCUGGAUUUCAUGUGACCUUUGUUUGUUUCUGCGUGUGCGUUCAGGUGGUCAGUGCAGACCACGCCUGUCUGCUGGUGCCUCUGCAGCUGGAAGCCUCUCUGUGGCGUCUCAUCCCUGGGGAGGAAACUCUGCUCACACACCCGCUGCACUGGAUGGUCCGACGGAUCAAUCUGGAAUAUUUUCCCAGAGGACGCAGCUACUGGGACAGGUGAUUCCACUGAAACAUGAUACCUCCUGACCUUACUUAUCUCUUCAUUAUUGUUAACAGCGCUGCAGCUUUUAUGUGCAAAAACAGUUUGACCUCGGACUGCAACUAAAACUUAAUUUAGUGAUUAUUGAUUGUUUGGUUUAAUAAGUUUGUUAGUAAGUCUGUGAGGAGUCGAGUUUUAUAGAGUUUAAGUUUAGAUUUUCACAAGUUACCUAAACUCUAAAAUAUUCCAUUUAAUAAAAAAUGAAUAAAUAAGAAGUUUGACUUAUUUCACUGUUUUUAAAAUAAUUAAUCACUUAUAGAUAUAUACAGAGGCUGUCACGUAAUAUCUGUCAGCUGAGAAUUAUUUUAGGUUUAACUUCAACUAAAAUAAACAAUUUUAAUCAGUGAUCUUGGAUUAUUUUGGUUCAAGCUCCUGGGAGGAAUUUAGGGUUUAUGUUAAUUUUGGCGCCCCCUGUGGACAAAACAGACUUUGUCUUCUACAUGUUUAAGUCGAGCAAAUCUCUUCCUGCUGACCUUUGUCAGUUAAAUUUCAUAUUUAUGGUGAAUAUUACAUGUGAAAUUGUAAAAACAGGACUGUUGUCAGUUAUUAAAAAUUACAACAUGAUAAUCAUCUGUCCCGUCGCUGAUUGUCACGUUUGCUUUUAAAGAUCACAAAUAUGAAUUUCAUGAAGGUUAAGUCUGAGACAUCACUGUAAACAGCUCCUUGAUAUUAAUAUUGAAUCAAGUUGGUGAAUGAAAUAUAAGUCAGCAUCAACACGAGGAUUCAGCAGAGUGAUCAUUCAGGCCGUCCUGCUGCUCUGUGUGUCCUUCAUGAAGACCUGUGUCACUGACAUGUGAGCUGCAGUAACAGACUUGGAUUCACAGGGACAGACACAGAAACGUCUAUCAAAGCUCUUCACUGAAACCCGUCUGCCUUUGUGUCCCGUAGGUACCUGGUUGGCGGUUACCUGUCCGCUGAAGCUGUCAUGAACAUGUUUAGUAAAGCCGUCAUGGAGACCAUUAACUGGCCGUCUAUCAGCAGCACUCUGGACUGUCUGGUCAGACCUGUACUGGGAGGACCAGACCUCAGACUGGAGAUACAGUGAGUGUUUGGAAAAAAAAUGUUGGAAUGUAGUAACAGACUUGAUAUAAAUCAUUUCACAUCAUAGAUCACAGUCUUCACUUCAGUUUCAGAGAAUUAAAAGUUUCUGUGUUAAUUUACCUCAACUUCAGAAACACUACGACUGUGAAUUUAAAAAAAAAAAAAAAGACUCAACAGUUCCUAAUGAACCAAAAAAGGAUUUUGAUCAAACAUUAAGGAGUCAAUAAUAAUAAUCACGGCUUAAAAACGACUAAAACAGUUUAAUCUGCUGUAAAAAUGGGAGAUGACAUCAACAGUUGAGAAGUGAUUCAUUAGUUCUUGCAGCUCUAAUAUUAACAGAGCAUUAAAUCAACAUUUUUAACAUCACCCUGAGGACGCAGGACGCUCAGAGGAACAUAAUGUCUCCCUUUGGCUUCAUUAAUCAAUACAUUUACGUGAACAGAGGCUCAUAUUUCAGACGUUAAAGACGAAGGUAGAGCUGAGAGAAAGUGACGGUUUGAUUCACAUCCAAUCAGGAAACAUUCGUUAAAGUUCCUCUUUACUUGUGGAGGAUAUCAAACAUGUAUGAUCACAGUGAGUGUGUGUGUGGUGUGUGUAAUAAACUCUGUGUGUCCUGUUUCUCCCCGUUGUGUUCAUGAAGGCCUGAAAGUCACCUAGACGGCGCAGAAAGCACCGAUCCGCCGCUCUUCAUCUCCAUGUUGCCUCUGCUGAGGGAGGACGACGUCGCUCUGACCUGCCAGCCUGAGCUCACCUCUCCCUGGGUCAACGCGUGGCACCUGUCCCUCUACCCGUGGGAGACCCAGCGCCUGGCACAGCUGGACACAGCUGACGACGGAUGUCGCAGACACACGCUCAAAAUCCUCAAAGCGGUGUGCAAACUGAACCCGGCCCUGCGAGCGCUGGAGGCCGCCCCGCUGGCCAACCUCAUCCUGCACCUCAGCGACAGUGAGAGCGACUGGUCCGAGGGCAGCCUGGACGCGAGGUUCCAGCAGUGCAUCACAGAGCUGAUUGGCUACCUGGAGCAAGGGGCGCUACACAGCUACUUCAAGCCGGCUGUCAAUCUGCUGAGCGGUUUGUCAGAGGACCAGGUGGAUCAGAUGGGCUUCAUGAUGUACUGCGCCGUGUCCGAGCCAGAAAUCCUGCUCAUAUAACGAACAUGAGACCAACACGGGGCAAAGAUGUCGUCUUCUUCCCCCCGUCUUCUUCGAUCUUUAGCUUCUCCGAUCUUCUUAGAGACAACACGGUACUGCAGGAGUGAGGCACCUUGGAGCGACGUCUACACCGAGGGAGGAGAAGCUAACAGAAGACUGCACAUGUGAAAGUGAUAAUUGAGCUAAGCUUAUCACUGCGGGGGAACGAGAAGUGCCGAGAAAGGAGCUGAGGAAGUGUUUAUCAGGAACAAUGUGCCUAAUCACACAAACCAUAGACAAGUCUGCGUUAGAGUGUCAGUGACGGUGGUUUUCAUCAACAGUCUAUCCAUUAACAGCAGGGAAGCGCUGGAGUUUAACGCUUUGGUUCUUUUUUUCCGCUCUUCUCUUUUAAUUGAUAGUCUGCUCUGCAUAAAUCUCCUUCACCACAUUGUAAAUAUGCAGAAAUGAGAUCGGCUGCUUCUACCUAACCACUCAGACUGUCUGAGUGUGACUCUAUCAUGUAAAUUUUCUCACACUGGAGGAAACAGCCUAGCUGUGUUUUUGUCCUUUCUGUUAAGUGUCUGUCGCCUGUCUCAUCUGGAUAAACUAACUCUUUAAGUUAUGGUUGCAGUUGCCUAAUGAUUUUAAGCACUUGCUUUUAAUGACAGUAUGAAUGCUCUGGGUAUUUCUUCAGUCGUGUUUUCUUGAGUGUUGAGUGAAAGAAAAUCAGAUUUUCAGUGAGUGAACAGUGACGGUAAAUAAAAUUAAAGCAGUUGUCUAGAUUCUCACUUUGGCUCUCGUAGUUUUUUUUUUACUCCUGUACGUUUCAG